UACAGGACCAUAGCGGCUUGGUGGAUUGCGACUGUCAUUAUCCAUCGACUGCACCCGCAUCAAGAACCACUACCAAUCCAACGAUCUUUACGUAGGAUCUUAAAAUGGCCAGGAGAAACUCAUUCGACGAGGCAUCCGUUGCCUUCCGACAACAUCUUCAUGAUCUGAGUACACCUCGUUUCACUACGGCUGCUAAGCAGACAAUCUACGAAUAUGCAAAAGACAUGCAGGACAACCGGAGACCGCCAUGGCUAUACGAUCUGACCAAGGUCUGGGAAACACUACUUGCUGAGCCAUACAAAGGAGUGACCAACGACGGGAAGAUGAGAGAUGGCUUAUUCGAUGCGAAAGAUGAGGGCUUCGACACCGAAUCUGUUGUCAAGGCUGUUGAGGGACUGUACAAUGAAUUGGACGAGGAAAAGAAGAACAAGUUGUCUUACCCAAUCAAUGCAAGAGAAUGGAGAGCGUGGAGUAAUCCGGAGUUCAUAUUGCGACCUUUUGGCAUCCGCCUGGAGGAGGUCUCUGAAUCAAUCGCACAAACUAUCCUGAAGGUAGUUGAAGCAUCAUUAUCACCAGAAGGAUACAAAAAAGCUGUUUCCGCCAUGCGCGUCAAUCACUUUCUCGGCGAGGUCGUCAAACUUCCUAACAUCAUGAACAAAUACUCGUACAACUUCCUCAUCUUCGGCACUCCCUCAUCAUCUCCAUCUUCGCCAUGGGGCUGGCUACUAUACGGCCAUCAUUUAGACAUUGCAUGCUUUUUCAAAGGCAACCAGAUCAUCUUGAGCCCCUCGUUCACCGGCGCAGAACCUAACAUCAUCGACGCUGGUGAAUGGAAGGGGACCGAGAUCCUGCACAAGGAGGGCAACCUCGGCCUACGGCUGAUGCAAAGCCUAAAGCCCGAACAGCAAAGCACUGCACAGGUGUUCAAGACCCUAAGAGAUCCGGCGAUGAAACAGGUCUACGGCAACUCUGAUAACGACGAGUCGAAACGCGACGAGCUCAUCACCGAUACCUGGGGUCCAGACGACCAACGUCACCGCUGCGGCGCAUUCCGCGAUAACCGUAUCGUCCCGUAUGAAGGUGUGGUAGCCUCCGACCUUUCAUCUUUGCAGCAGCAGCUCAUCCUAGACAUCUGCAACGAGUUCCUCUUGUACCACCCUACCAAGUCUCGCGCACUCAAGCUCGAGCAAGUCAAGAAGCACUUCGACGAGACGUAUUUCUGCUGGAUCGGAGGCUAUGGUGACGACGAUGCGUACUACUUCCGCAUCCAGAGCCCGGUCAUUCUUGUCGAAUUUGAUCACCAUUCGGGCGUUUUCUUGGCGAACAAGGAACCAGCGAAGUUCCAUACGCACACGAUUCUGCGUACGCCUAAUGCAGGAGAUUACGGACAGGCUAUUAGGGAAGGUGACGAGAGGCUGCAGUGAUACGAUGAUGGUCAAAUGUGAUGGAAAGCCAUGAUGUUGUUGAUAGAAAGCAUGUUAAUAUCCUACUCACUUCGCAACAACCAC